UUAAUAUUUCUUUGAGAUGUUAACGUGUUAGGAAUCUCUUAUUGAAGUGGCAGAACAAGGAACAAAAAAAAUGGAGGAAUUAAGUGAAUUAGAGAAGGAGUAUUCACCAAGUGUGUGGACCAAGAGAUUCGCAAAGGUUCAAUUGAUAGAGAAUCACAAGAAAGUGAUAAGAGAUGCCAACAUCUUGGCCAGAGACACACUAAGGUGUGAGCUGAAUGUGCCUUAUGGGCCAGGGAGAAGGUCUAAAUUGGAUAUUUAUGGCACAGAUCUGCCAUCUGAUGUUCCAAUUUUUGUGCUCCUCCACGGUGGCUACUGGCAUAUGGAGUUAUUCACUAAGGAGUAUGGUAGCUUUGGUACCCUCCCACUUGUUCAUGCUGGUUGCAGGGUAAUAGCGGUUGAUUACGAAAUGUGCCCUGAGGUGACCUUAACUGAACUCGUGGAGCUAACACAUAAAUGCUUCACUUACAUCCUGAAUUAUGCUGCCCGGAUUGGUGCUUCAUCCGUGAAUUUCCUCGGCCAUUCAGCUGGUGCUCAUCUCAUUAUAGCCCAAUUCCAAGAAGGAGAGUUCUCUCGUCUCCCUCACCGGGAUCUCAUACGAGGUGUCUAUCUCCUGAGCGGAGUGUACGACAUUCGGGAGUUGCGUCACACAAAAGUUGCCAACAAUGGGAAUAUCUUGUCCAUCACGGAUGACAAUGUUGUUUCGCUCUCUCCAUCCUUGGCUGAUUAUGGGCAUUUAGCUGGAACUUCUACAAACUUCUCUGUUGUUGUGACUGAGAAUGAAUCUCCAUCUUACAAGAAAAUAUCUCAAGGCAUGAAGGAUGCUCUUGCCAAGGGAACUGAAAGGGUUAAAUUUAUUUUACUUCCAAAUCGAGAUCAUUUUGAUCUUGUUGAACAACUUAAUGACAAGGAUGGAGAACUCACAAAAAUCCUCAUUGAAGAUUUGGCCAAGGAUUGAAGAUCUAUGAGUAAUGUUGACUGAAUACAAAUUAAUUUGAAACCUUUCUCUGUCUCUGAAAUUUUAUCAAAAUCGGACAAAGUGUUGUUUGAGAGUUUAAGUAAAGAGAUCAUUUUCAGAAUA